AUGGAUGAACUGAAAAGCAAUCCCAACCUCAGCUUCAGCGCCGCCUUAAACGAGUUCACUCUUGAACGGUACACCAAAGUUGGUGCCCUCCCAGCCUGGUCAAUCAAGCUAUUCUCGGCAAAGUUCAAUCCGGCCUUGGAUUCCUACGCCGAAAUAUUCCAGAACAUGGUUGGCGAACACAUUGCGAAUCUGUUACCUCCGGCUCACGGAAAAGACUGGGCCUCCAUAAAUGUGUGGUCAUCCAUCAUUCCCCUCAUAACGAAAUCAAACGUUCGAGGCUUUCUCGGUUCCGAUGCCGCCGAGGAUGAGGUCUUUCUUGAUGUUGCAGGCACAUUCAUCAUCAACCAAAUUGUCUACUCAAUAGGUGCAAAGCAGUGGCCGUCGUUUCUCUUGCCAAUCGUACACAAGUACCUCCCUGGUUUCCCAGGUCUCGCCGAACAGUACAGCAACGGCGCAAAGGUGGUCUUGAGGCAGAUGAAAAACAAGAAGGCCAAUGGUCUCAAACCUCUGUCCGAUCCCCCGAGCGUCUUCGAUUACGUCAAUGACGACGCUUCCAAACUGGAAAAGAUGGACAGCUUCAUUAAGGAAGUACAGCGGUUUUGCUCUCCUGACUUGACGACGUUCCAGCGCAAAGCCACCGGCCCGGUCACUCUGUCUAAUGGUUUUCACCUCCCAAAGGGUGCAAGAAUUGAGGUCGCCACCGGUGCCAUCAAUGCUGAUGCCGCGCUCUACGAUAAUCCCUCUGAGUUUGACCGCUUGCGAUUCUACAAGAAGCGACAUACAGAGGAAGCCCGUUCAAAGUAUCAAGUUUUGAGUGUGAGCAAAGAGGAUUUGGCUUGGGGCUAUGGGCGAGCUGCGUGCCCUGGGAUGUUCCUCGCGGACAUGCUGAUCAAGAUGAUCCUCGUGGAGGUCUUGAAGCGAUACGAUAUCAAGAUGCCCGACGGUCAAGGCAGGUAUGAGAACAUGGAGGUUCAAGGCCAGGGCGAGAUUUUGAUACGGGAGAGGGAUGUGAAUGAAUAA